AUGAUGCAAAUGCUUGUCGUCACGGUGCCAGGUGAGGUAUUGGGUGCGGCGUUGUCAGCCGUCGGGCAGAAAAGGCCAACCAGAAGGCCUAUUGAAGAGAGACGGAUCCAGACAGAAGAGUCUUGUCGUCAAGGCGACGACCACAGAUGGACCCUUUCGCAUCAGAGGGAGUGUCUACUCGAGGUUGAGGGGAGUUUCGAGGCGGGUCGGAGCGAGUGCUGCGAUGGCGACGAGGGCGAAGAUGGAGGGAUUCGAAGUAUGAGCUCGGCGACAUAA